AUGCCUGUCGCCGACAUCAUGCGCGCUUAUCAACUCGGCUCGGCGGCGGCAUGUGUCCCUUCAUCCGCCAGGACCGCCAGGCAGGAGGAUCAUCCUCAUCCUGUCGGAUACCAGUCACACCGAAGGACACAGGUCAACUACGGUGGCAAAAGCACAUUGCAGAGGCUGCGCCAGCUGAUUACCACCCCCCUGUUCAAUCAGAAUUCCCUUACAAUGGAUUCGCGUGCGCAGCUUUCUCUCAUGGGCAAGGGCUCCACUACUAUUGUGGGUGGUCAUGCUACGAUAGGUUCCUUCUCAGCCGAUGUCUUAGCCUUCUUUCUACGUCGCAUAAUGUUCUGCUCACCGUGUUCCACCAUCUUGCCGUGUUUCUGUGCCACUUCAUUCUCGAUGGCGUUGGAUUCGGCCUUCCGGCCUUCUUCACAUCCAAAAGGGCGAGCUCCAUCCCGCCAUAUUUCGAAGGGAUUAUGA